CAAACUGAGUGGAAAGACAAGUAUAAAGAGUGCUGGUAAUGGCAUCUCUAUUUGGCAGUUUUUCACCUGCCUACCUUACCUUUUCGACCAGAGCAUAACUUUCAGACGGUAAAGACUCGAUUCUUUUCUGUCUUCUGAAUAUAACGAGUAGCUAGCAUAGCACUUGGGAAUUUCUUGAUAAAAUUUAAAAUAUGUUUUUAAUUCUUUUUUUAGGGAGUCUAUCUAAUCAUCUGUCUGUCAUCUAUCUUCUAUCAUCUCUAUCCAUCCAUCCAUCCUCCUGAAGUUGAAAGGGCUUUUCAGUGCUCCCAUCUCUACUGUUCACUGACUUUCCAUUUGAAUAGAGGCCCUUCUCCAUCUGCAGAGACUAGACAGAGCUUUCUCUGUCUAGGUUGAAACGAGGAACAUUCUACAGCAGUCUCUCACCAGCCAGCCCCAAAUUGGUAAAGGAGGGGACAGCUGUGUCCUGACUCAAGUGAGGUUUAGGGGCUCACAGAGCUGGUGCCCUCAAGUCAACAUCUGGCUGCAGAAGUUCAGCAUUCUCGACCUGGAUCUCUGGUCCUGGUUCUAUGAGCUACUGUGACCCUUGAGCAAACCACACACCCUCUGUACACCUUAGUGUUUACAUGUGCACCAUGUGGACAAUCGCACAGCCCCCACCGCUGUUUGGAGAGCAUUGGGCAGACCCACUCCAGCAUUUCUCCUUGUCACAGUGAGGAAAUUAAAAGUUAAAGGAUGAUCAGAAUGCAGACGAUAGAAAUGGAGGGAUGUAAAAUGAAGGCAAGGCUAAUACAGCAGACUGGGAAAAAUGGGUUGGUAAUAGGAACAGGAACACAUACACAUUUUUGACAGACAACUGAAUAGAAAAGAGGACAAAACAUUUAUACAGGGACUUCAUAAAGAAGAUAUCUAAAGGGCCAAUAAACAUGUGAGAAGGUGCUUAAUGUUGGUGGUCAUCAGGGAAAUGCCAAUUAAAAUCACAACAAGAUACCCCUGCAACCACCAACAUGGCUCACCUGAAAAAGACUGAUAACACCAAAUGUUGGUGAGGAUGAGGAGCCACGGGAACUCUCAUCCACUGUCGGGAGUAUUAAGAGCAGCUACUUUAGCAAGCUGUUUGCCAGGACCUGCUAAAGCCAAACACGUGUAGAACCUGUGACUCACCAGUUCCACUGCUAGCUGCACACUCAGCAAAAUGUGUGUUUGUUUCACCAAAGACAUAUGAAAGAGCAUGCAGAGCAGAACUUUAUAGACUAUCCUCAAACCGGAAACAAACGUUCAUCAACAGCAGGGUGGAUAAAUAGAUGGUGGCGCAUUUGUACAAUGGAAUACCGUACGGCAAUGAGAAUGAGCAAACUAUGCUACACCUGACAGUGUGGGCGAGUCUCCCAAUGUUGAGCCAGAGAAGCUAUAUGUGCAAAAUUACACGUAGACAUAGUGCACGAUUUCAUUGGUUUGCAGUGCAGAAGCAGCCAAAGCUGAGUUGUGAUUUUAUAAGUUAGGAGAGUGGUUACCCUUAGUGGAGGCAGAGGUUGCAGUGGGCAAAGGAGAGCUUCUAAGGGGCCGGUGAGGUGUGUUUCCUAAUCUGGGUGCUUAUCACACAGAUGUUCAUGUUGUAAAAAUCGUCAAGCUGUAUUUUGAUGAUUUGUGCACAUUUUUGCACGAAUGUGUUGUGAUUUUGAAAUAGCUGUGAGUUCUUCGAUGUUCCUCCUAUGGAGAGGUGGGAUUUAUGUCCCCUUCUUUUCAUUCUGGGUGGGCUCAUGACUCGCUUGUAACCCACAGGAGGCUCUGGAAGUGAGGCUGCCACACUUCCAAGGCCGGGUCAGGAAAGGUGAGGCAGUGCUUUGAAGUGCAUGUACUAACAGAAAAUCUGAGGUUCAGCAAAGCCAAGAUCAGGAGAUGACUGCCGUUGAAAAUGAGAGUGUCUUCCUCACAGAGCCCAAGAGGGGGUACACCACACCACAGAGGGCCACAGGGGGAAGCACUGGGGUGGGUCAGGAGACAGAGGGAGAGGGGCAGAAAUGUGGGCAAGAGCCUUUAUUGUGGUUUCUGUGGGAAGAAACAGCCGAGGCAGGGGAGUCAGGCUUCGGAUUGGCUAGUUUGAAUCAUCUCAGUGGGCUCUGGGGCAUACGGGCUGCCCCUAGUUGUCUGGUAUCUGGCUCUGGGCUGAUUAGGGCAGGUGGACAGUGGCCCAGAGUGUGAGGCCCUGAUAAAGGAGUGGUUGGACUGUGGCUCUGGAAUGGUUGGUUUGCAUUUGAAAGUACACUCAAAGGAACUGGCUAACCCAGGGAGGGGCAGUGCCUCCAGGGUCAGCAAGGCCCCAAGAUGUCAAAGCAUCAGAAUGCAGAAAAUGAAAGGCGUGGUUAAUACACGGAGCUUCUCUCCAGUUUCUGGGAUACUUCCUUUUGGUGCCUGAAGCAGCUGUGUAAGAAAUCUAAUCACCUACAGGCCUCCAUGCUGUGAGGAGCCCCAAGUCUCAUGAGGAGCCCCUGCUGAGGCUCCAGCCAAAAGCCAGCCUCAACCACCACACAUGUGAGUGGUCACCUCCAGAUGGUUCUAGUCCCUGUCACUGAGUAACCCCCCAGCUGCUGACUCUUCCAGCUGAGGCUCCCAACAGUGGGAAGCAGAGAAAAGCCAUUCCCACUGUGUCCUGUUCAAAACCUGACCACGAGCAUAAGAAGGUAUGUUUUAAGUUGCUAAGUUUUGGGGGUCAAUUUGUUACACAGCAGUAGUAACUGGAACAGUAUGUUACGCUUCAAUGUCGUGUUUACUUAAAAAGGUAUGUUUUUCACGUGCAUGUUGCCUCAGUAAAGUAUGAAUUAUUGCUAUAAAGAGGCAUAACCCCACAGAGUCAUAUUACAUUUUAAAUUUUUUAUCUCCCCAAGGACCUCUAUGACAUGGCUUCCAGCAUGGCUGACCCAAACAGCAUCCCCUACAAUGCCAACUUCUGCCUUCCUCACCACCCACCCCGGGCGGCCAGUGUGACACUCUCUCUGUUCUACACAGCCCUCUUGGUCUUCAGCACCCUGGGAAACAUCCUUGCCCUCUACCUUGCCUGUCAAAAGGACAAGAUCAAUUCAACAGGUGUCUACUUGGUCCACCUGGCAGUGUCCGACCUCCUGUUCGCCCUGGCCCUGCCUGGAAAGAUCACCUAUUAUGCGCUGGACUUCAGCUGGCCUUUUGGUGAGGCGCUUUGCAGGCUGACAGCGUUCAUAUUCUAUGUGAACACUUACGGGGGCAUCUACCUCAUGACGUGCGUGAGCGUGGACCGUUACCUGGCUGUGGUCCGCACCCAGCAGUGCCCCCGGCUCCGCAGUGCCGGCCGAGCAAGGCUGGUCUGUGUGGCUGUGUGGGCCCUGGCAUUUUUGCAGACGGCACCCCUGCUUUUGCAGAGGGCUUUCAAACUGUCCCUUCAGCUCACCGUGUCUCUCAUGAACAUGAACUGUGGCAUUGACCCUAUCAUUUACUUCUUUGCAUCUGCACGUUACAGGAAAUGGCUCCUGGGCAUUUUAAAAUUCAGAGCAUCAGCAUCCUCCUCCUCCUCCUCCCUGGGAAAAGCUUCCUCAGAAACACAAAGUGUCAACCAGACCGGUGGCUCUGUGCCCUUCCAGGACAAUCAGGUCUAAUGGGCCACUGGCUUUAAGAUUGAUCUAGGGAGCACUCCAGGGUUGGGGGCCUGAAGCUUAUACAAUUUCGGGGUGAGCUCUU